CUGUCAAAUGUCACUUACCUUUCAUAUUAACGAAAUUGUAAUUAUUAUUACAAAUUACAGCUUAUAAAAUACAAAAUAGAGUAAAUAAAUAUUUUUUUAUGUAGUUUAGAUUGGUGCAUUAAUAUAAAACAAAAACAUUGUGAAUAAUACGUAAUUUUUCAUCAACUAUAAGUAUGAGCACCCAACCUAGUCCAGCAAACCAAACAGUUGAAAGAGAGAAGGUUUAUAUGUGGAUUUUGGAACUAACUAAUCCAGAAACUAGAGAAAAUGCUUUAUUGGAACUCAGUAAAAAAAGAGAAGUGGUCCCAGAUUUGGCACCAAUGUUGUGGAACAGUUUUGGAACAACUGCCGCCUUAUUACAAGAAAUUAUAAACAUUUAUCCAGCUAUCAAUCCCCCCACACUUACUGCACAUCAAUCAAAUAGAGUGUGCAAUGCUCUUGCCCUUUUGCAGUGUGUAGCGUCUCAUGCUGAAACUAGAUCACAGUUUCUACUUGCACAUGUACCAUUGUUUUUGUAUCCUUUCCUACACACUUCGUCAAAAACUAGGUCAUUUGAAUAUCUCCGCUUGACAAGUUUAGGAGUUAUUGGAGCAUUAGUCAAAACAGAUGAACAAGAAGUGAUCACUUUUCUCCUUACCACUGAAAUAAUUCCACUGUGUUUGAGAAUUAUGGAAUCUGGUUCUGAACUAAGUAAGACUGUUGCUACAUUUAUAUUGCAGAAGAUAUUAUUGGAUGAUAGUGGAUUACAAUAUAUUUGUCAAACAUAUGAUAGGUUUAGUCAUGUGGCCAUGAUAUUGGGCAAAAUGGUCAUCGCUUUAGCCAAAGAACCAUCUGCUCGGUUAUUAAAACAUGUUGUGCGGUGUUAUCUACGUUUGUCUGAUAAUCCAAGGGCUCGUGAAGCUUUACGGCAGUGCCUCCCAGACCAGCUGAGGGACAAUACUUUCAAUGUUUGUCUACAGGAAGACAAAUCUACGACUCAUUGGCUGUCCCAGUUGUUAAAAAAUAUCGACUCCCCAGCUACGACUGAUCCAAGACAGGUUGGCAUGUCACCUUUAACCUCCCAGUAAAUAUCAAGUGAAAUAACUAGGCUACGGAUACAAAAAUGUAUUAAUAGUUCUUAGGAAACGGUUUUGAGGCCAUAUAUUUCACUUGCUUUUAAACACUUCACAUGUUUCAUUACGUUAAUGAAUAUCUAAAUCUUACUGUUUUUACAAAUUUAUAUUAAACUAUUUUAUUCCUAAAAUCACAGAGUCGAAGGCAUUAUUGUAAGAAUUAAAGAAUUAUUACCAUUAAUGUGUCAAUGACUGGUAUUUUAUGUAGAGAGAAUAAAAAACUAUUUAUAUUGGUCGAUGAUUGUAAGCUAUUUAAGCAAUACAAGUUUUUCUCGAGAACUUUGAGGGUCAGAGUCGGUACCCAUGGAACUCUAGUGUAAGGGAAACAUUUUCCUAAAUUCUUGAAUAACUAUUGACAAUAAUUCUCAAUUUUUGAAGAAUGGCAAUUUAUUUCUCAACAUAGUUUCUUUUUAGCUCGAUACACUUGCUUUAUCUUAGCGGUGUUCCAACUGCUUUAACUUAUCUGAAAAAUACGUUUUCUCGAAGUUUGCAAAGUAGGCUUCCGUGUCCGUAGCGGCGAUGAUUUCAUUCGACUCAACUUUCUGACCAGCAAGUUUUAAGUUUGAAAACAAAAAGAAGUCGCACGGUGCCAAAUCUGUGGAAUCCGGUGGAUGGGCCGUAGUUGUUAGCCCAAUUUCAAAGAGCAUGUUUUUCUUCGUCAAAUGGGGCCGUUUUUCUGCAAUUUUUCUUGUACCUCUGCAGGUAGUCGACGUAGAUCAUACAUUUUGAAUCCCAGAAAACAGUGGCCAUCACUUUUCCUGCCGGUAGGGACUUUGUCUUCUUCGGAGCGCAUUAGUCGGGUGAAGUCCACCGUGUCGACUGUUUCUUAGUCUCUAGUGUGUACAAUAGGAUCCAUAUUUCUUUGUCAGUCACGAAACAACACAAAAUCUUCGGAUUGUACGUAAACAAUGUCAAACACUCCUAAGUGGUGUUACGGUUGCGCUUAUCCGGACUAAGGAUCCAAAAAUUUCAUGAAGUGUCAGCUCUGCCAAGACGAGAUCCACCUGGACGUCGAUCAACAAAAACCGAUGUACGACCACGUUAAAAAUCGAACGAAUACGUGGACUUGUAUCAUUACCUCACAUAAAUAUGUAGGACCAAUAUUUCUAGAUCUGAAUUAUUUAGGAGACCUUAUUGAACCCUUCUUAUUUUGUUUUUAAAAUAACAUAAUGUUGGCUAGUUUUUAAUAAAAAUGUGUGGUAGUUUUUUAAACUGAUUCCUAAAAAUUAAUUGUACAAUUUUUAUCAUGAUAGUCUGAUAAUAAAUUGGCAAAAGCUGUGCAGAAAGCUUGACAAAUACUUAGUAAGAUAUCGUAACCUAAUUAGGGUUACAGACUUUUUAGUGUUAGUUUUAUUCGUUGUGUACAGUUGUGUUAAGAAAAUCUUGAAACUGUAGAUAUGUACGUUUUACAAGGUGAAUAAAAGAACUGUGAUUAUUUUUUAGAAGCAACUAUUUCUCCCACUAUGUGUCGGGAAAACAUGUAAUUUUAUAUUUCAGCUAUGCUGACUUGUAACCUCCAUGUUAAUAAAAUAAAAGACACUUUAAAUUUU